AUGUCGUCACGCAAGCUCGACGGCGUUCACUCGCUGAACGCUCUGUUGGAGAAGGGUAGCCAAGAUCUUUCCCACAGACCUGCUCGGAGCGCCAAAGCCAAGACCACCAACGACAAGAUCGACGUUCAUGCCGAUGAUUCCAACGAAGAGUCUAGCGACAGCGACAGCGACAGCGAUGCCGAGCCCACUGAAAACUUCAUUGCCAAGCUCAAUGGCCAUGUUUCCCCCAAGAAGGCUGCCGGUACCCCUAUGAAGAAGACCAAGCGUGGCAAAGACGAUGAGGUUGCCGAUAGCGACGUCGAGCGCAAGGUUGCUGCCACCAAGAAGAAGGCCCCGGUUCACCCCGAAAGCUCAUCCGAAGACGAAGACUCCUCCCCCGAAGCCGAGGCUGAUUCCGACUCGGACUCGAGCGAUAGCGACAGCGAGGCCAACAACAAGCCUGACCAGAAGAACAAGAAGGCCGAGGCCGCCUCCAAGCAGUCCACUUCAACUUCCACUUCCACUAGCGACUCGGAUAGCGACUCGGAAAGCGAGGCCGAGGAGACGAGCAAGCCUGCCAAAAAGCCUGCACCCAAGGCCGCCAGCACGCGUGCUGUCAAUGGCGCUAAAUCGGCCGAGAGAGUUUCGACUAGUUCGAGCGAGUCGAGCUCUGAUGAUAGCGACAACGAGAAGCAGAGCCCGGAGGAGGAAGACAGUUCUGAUGAAGACGAGUCUAACGAGGAGGCAAACGCACCAUCGGCUGUCGCCAACAAGCGCAACAGCAAUCAGCUCAAUGUCCCUGGUUUCGUCGGCAAGAAUUUCCAGCUCAGACAGGCGCAAGGCGAUGAGGACGGCAAGGAUAUGGCCGACUUCUUCGCCAAAGCCAAGCUCGAAGGCAAGCAACUCUGGUACUUCACCGCCCCGGCUUCGGUUCCCAUCAACGUCAUCGAGAAGACCGAGAUCAACAUGGACAAGGUCAAGAAGGGCCAACCUGUCCUGAAGUACAACUCGGAGGACUACACUGUCAGCUUCGACAACGAUGUCGACGUCAGCAAGUCGUACCAGUUGCUCAUCCCCGAUAAGAAGGGAACCCGCUAUGGUUCAGCUUCCCAAAAGGUCGACAACGUCUGGCACUUCAAGUGCGUUAUGCAGAUCGGCGACCCCCGUGUGAACGAGCGCGCUCUUGAGCCAAAUGCGCCACGCCCGCAGCCCCCGAAUCUGAGAGCCCGGUUCCGCCCCAUUGGCGUCACCAGUGAUACACCCAUGGGCACGAUUGGCGCCGAUGCCUCGUCAGACGAUGAAGAUGUCGAUAUGACUGCGGCCCCUGCCCCGUCUAGCUCCAGGAAGUCCAAGGCCGCGUCUGCGCAGUCGCAAGAUGCCAUGGACAUUGACGAGCCCACCCCCAAGAGCUCAAAGAAGGACAAGAAAAAGUCCAAGACGAGUCGCAACGCUGUCCAGGACUCUCAGUCCACCGUCAUCGAGGUGCCUGACUCGCAGCCUUUGGUCUCCAAGAAGGAGAAGAAGAGCAAGAAGAGACGCGAUAGUAUCGAGUCCAUCUCGAGUGUUGGCUCCAAGACCGAGAAGAGUCAGAAGGGUGCGGCCACAAAGGCCUCCAAGCGCAAGCAUGCCUCCGAAGACGACCAGGACUCAGCUUCGGCUCAAUUGGAGAAGGAGAGCCAGUCUGCCGAGAAGAAGGCAAAGAAAGCCAAGACGACUGCCGAGGUUCCCUCUGCUAAGAAGGAAACCGCCAUUCUUCCUCCUACUUUCCCCAAGGCCAAUUACACAUUCAGCGGUCUUGGCAGCCCGGCUCCCGCUGCUUCGACACCCCAGUCCACCAAGAAGAGCUCCAAGAAGCCCAAGGAGACGCCCAUCCAGCCGCCCAGCAUCCGUCGCGAGUCCGCCGUCCCCGUCCCCCAUCCCGGCUCGGCGAUGAAGCAGGCCUCACCCGCGACGCCCGCCUCAAACGAGGCGUCCAAGGAGAAGCGCAAGCGCAGAAAGUCGGAGAAGGAGACGCCUGUUCCCCGCGAAUUCAUCAAGUUGGAGAAGGAGGCGACGCCCAUCCCCUCGCCCAUGGCUACCCGGGAGGCGAAGAAUGGCCUGGGCAAGGAUAAGCGCAAGCGCAUCAAGUCGGAGAAGGAGACGCCUGUCCCUGUGCCCAGGCACAUCUAG